AUGCUUGCGGGGUGCAGCAGCCUUGAGUCGCUCACUCUCCAACGAGCGGAGGGGUCGCUGGAGGGGCUGCUCGCCAUGCUCGUCCGGGUCGUCGAGGCCGGGGGUGAGGCGGAACGAGUCCUGAGUGCCAUUGCUGCCUGCCGGUAUGCCUCUUCCGGGGUGUGGGAUGCAAACGGUGCGAGAGAGAAGGCACGUGCUGUGGCGCGACUCUCCACCGCUGCUGCUGCUGCCGGCACCUCGGGGAUAUUCACUGCCGAGUUUACUGGAGAAGAGGAAGAGGUGGAUGGUGAGCUUGGAGAAUACUCUAUGCUGUUUACUGGCUACGAGGAGUUUAGUGCUGGGGCAACCCCGAAUGCGGUUCACAACGGUACGGAGGAGUCAGAUGCAGGUGGAGGUGAGACUGCGACCGUGAUGUCUCGUGAGGAGCUGCUUGUGGUGCUGGAUAGGCUUUCGAUGCAGCUGCGCCUGCGUCUCUUGACCAUGAAUGGGACCGCUAAUUCGCUGCUCCAGUGGGAUACUGUAGUGGAUUGGACUGAAGGGCUGACAGCAGCAGCAGCGGUUGACGCUCCAGCAGCAGCAGCAGCGGUGCCAUGGACGCAAGAGGAGGGAUCGCAAAGGGAGGAAGGUCAAGGGAGGAGAAGAAAAGGAGAGUCAUGUAGCAGCAGCGCAGCAGCUAAGGCGCAUCAAGGAUCUGAAAGGGCAACGCCAGUGGAUGUGAACUGCCCUUGCCUGGCCUCCCUGGUCCUGAAAAACAUCCAGUUUUCUCCUGCUUUUGAGCCUGCUUGGUUGCCUGGGUAUCUUCCCUCUACCUCCCCCCUCCUGGUUCCAGUUUCCCGUAUUCCUCCUUGCUCCACGUUUCGCCCCUCAACCUCCCUUUUCUCCCCUGGUUCCACCCCAAGUGCUUCUCCCAGUCAGCAGCAGCAGUCGUUUGAGAGCAUUGCCCUGGCGGCUGUGUUUAGUGGGCUGAGGCGGUUGGCAGUGGUGCAGUGCAGUGGGGUGGGGGAGGAGCAGCUGAGGGCAGUGCUGCGUGCAUGCCGGGUGUUGGUGGAGCUGAGAGUAGAGCACAGCGAUGCCAUGUCCGAUGCCCUCCUGCUCUCAUGCCCUCUCCCCUCUCUCACUCAUGCCACGCUGGUCUCAUGCACACAGGUUACAGCUGCAGGUGUUGCUGGGCUGCUUGGGAGUUUCCCGGGGUUGAGGUACUUAAAGGUGGAGGAGGAGAAGGUUCCGGAGAGGGCUAGGAGGAAGUUGCUUCGUGCUGGUGUCGUUGUGAGGGGGUGCGAGUUUGACGUUGGCCCUGGGUGUGGCCCUCUGUGCAAGGCACAUCGUUGUAGCAAGGUAAGGUAG